AUGGAUAUCUGUUCUCCUGGCGACUUAAUUCUGGGCGAGGAUAAAGUGGGCCCUGUGAUCUCGAGGCCUUCUCUAUCCUCGGCGGCGGUCAUUGCUCAUCGGUCUACCAAACCACGCCGACCUGCGGCCGAUGUGUCACCAUUGCAGGAGCGCCAGGCCUACAGUCUGGCUUGUCGAAAGCUUCUGAUCAAGGUCGUCAAAGCGGAGAAAAUUGCAAUGAAGAACUAUGCCUUAGUUUACAUUUUGCCUAAAUCCUUUCACAAAAUAUCCAAUAGAGCAUUAACUCUCGACUCUCCGCAUGCUGCAGCCAUGAGUGCCGGUCAGCGUAGCAAAGCAUUACUUCUUUCUAGGCAGAGUUGUUUCUUUUUCAUCUAA